UUAGUGAUUAAAUAWAUGAAUAUAUAUGGAUAAACGAGCGAGCGAACGAAUGAAUAUAUUGUGARACUAAUGCAUAGAUACAUGAAAGAAAAAAAGAGAUGGAUGAAAAUGGAAAAUGAUCAUUACGAAUGACAGACUCAUACUGGGUCAUAAUUGAUAUGAUUUUAACAUCUGAUUGACAACGGAAAAACAACACUAUGAAGGUUUCAAUACUCUCUCGGACAGAUACAAGUAUCCUACUGAUAACAUACUCAAAACAGCUCUCAAAACAAAACAUUUCCUGCACGGAAUAUACUUGAUAGUGAAACUCUCUGAUUUAUAAAUAAAGUCUUGGAAUAAAUGUGACAGGAUUAAGAGAAAGAAACGAAAAAAAGAAAAAGAAAAAAAAACRAUGAAAAACACAYCGAACAAAUAAAUGAAUUGAUUAAUACACAACACGAAUAAAAAUAAUAUAUAUAUAAAUAGAUAAAAGAAGGAACGAAUUCAGAAAUGAAAAAUAUGGGAUAUGGAACUUGAAGCUCUUGAUAAUAACCAUAUUGAAUAUAAAAAUAACUAAAUUUAUCACAAGAAGGCGGUAGGAGCGUUCACUUGAUAAUUGGUAUCUAAUCUUGUUUCAGCUUUACGUAACAUUAUGACAUCAAACCAAACAGAUAUGACAAAUUGCCGGUUUUAUUAAAACCAUUCCUCCUACAAUGCUUAAUUYGUUUCCAAAAACAAACAAAUUAAAUGCAUUCUGGGUAUGAAAAACUAUUUGCUUGGUUUUUAGUUAUAAAUUGCGUCCUCGGUACUAAGUCUUUCAAGGGCCGGCUUGACUUUAUCUUGUUAUGAAAUCGUCAGCAUUCGAUAUCCUACCGUCCAGUUGUAAAUAUAUAAUACAAGGAAGCAAUAAAUAACACAGAAAACUUAAUUUAAUGACAACAAAUGCAGUCAGCAAUUAUGCCGUGUUAAUCAGCUUUAUGUCCAUACAAACGAUCGCUUCAAGCUACAUCAGUAUAAACCAUGAAAUAUGUUGGAUGGAAAUAUAUAAAAGAAGUACUUCAAUGUCGACAACCUAUCGCACACCAAGUUCAKCCUUAACUUGAACAUCCGUUGAUCUAUAUAUUGUUGGUUUUUGUGGGUAUUGUCAACAAACAUCUUGGAUAUUGAACAACCUAUCAAGACGUCAUUGAAUUAAUCGUCAGUAGUUGCACCUGUUCACGAACACUACACAAUAAACGAAGAUAAAAGACUGUCAAGACCACCUCGAACUGGUUAUACUACAACCUGACAAACUACACUAAGUCGACAUGUAUACUUUGGCAGAGAAAAUUUUUCUGUCGAUUUUCCUCAUCGUGGUUAUAGUUUUUGGUGUUGUUGGUAAUACCUUCGUUAUUGCGGCCACUGUACGGUUUCACAGACUUCGUCGUAAUGUUAGUAACUAUUUGCUGUUGAAUUUAGCAAUCUCAGAUUUAUUGUCAUCGUCUGUUAUAAUGCCCUACCAUCUCGCCAGCGUUAUUAAUUUGGAUAUUAUUAAUGAUAACGGUCUACUAUGCCAAAUAGGAGGCACCUUAUCUUAUCCGAUAUUACUGACUUCAACAUUAACAUUAGUCAUGCUAGCAAUAGAUAGAUUUAUUGCCAUGAGUGACCCUUUACGAUAUCGAGCAAGAAUUACUUUCAAGGCGAUCUCUUUUAUGAUUUCUUAUACAUGGCUUCAUUCAACGUUUUUCACCAUCUUCACUCUACUACUCGUAGAUAUGGAGUUCGAUGAAGUAAGUCUAGAUUGUGGUGUAGCGUGGCAGAAGUCGCCAUUAUGGUUUGCUUUGUUGUCAAUGCUGCUGAACAUUGUUUUUCCAUUUUUGUUUGUGGCUUUGACAAGUCUUAGAGUGCUGUCUAUUGCUAAGUCACACCAUAAACAAAUAGCAUCAGAAGUGCAGGUGUACACUGGACAAGGUCCACCAAGAAACAGAACAAGAGGUCGCGAAUCCAAGGCAACGUCCGUCAUUUUGAUGGUUAUUCUAAUGUUCCUGAUCACGUGGUCUCCAUAUCUCGUUACCAGGGCUUUACGAGUAUUUGGUAUUGAUCUACCGUCUAUUGUAUAUACAUUAUCUAUAUGGAUCUUACACAUCAACGCUGUAGGAAACUUUUUCAUUUAUUCGAGACGUGGUCAGGAAUAUCGACAGGCAUUUCUUGCUAUCAUUAAACGUCAGAGUAUAUUACCACCAGGAAGCGAGCAUUCAGCCUUUUAGACUUACACUAGCACUCCACAAGACUCCAUAACAGGCCUAACCCUUACUCUAACACGGAGAUAUUAGUUAUAGGGCCAAUAUAUGGUGUUUUACAUGAAAUGCGGAUGUWCAAGUAUUCAUAUUUUCUUUUAGAAUCCUUUCCUCUUACUUUGGUGGUCAAUUAACUAAACAACUCGUUUCGCCAGCGUACACCGUCUUYUGUGUUCAAUGAAAUAUAUAAAACUACAAAAAUCAAACCUUGUUUGUUUUUGAUCCUUGUCUUUGCCAUGAUGUCUUGUUCUCUCAUCUUUGAAUCCCAACCUAAGGCUUUAAAUCAUAUAAAUUAUGAAUUUAACAAAGAUG